CGGAGUGGGGUAGUAAAAAGACCAGCAAACCCCCCGUCGGAACCCUUUUGACUCUUCGACUAAGCCCUAGAACCGAUGGACGGCCACUCCGCCCCCGUCCGCUCCCGGAGCUCCCAAUCUCCCUCCCCUUCCCACUCCGCCUCUGCCUCCGCCUCCAGCUCCGUCCACCACAAGCGCAAGUUCCCAGGUGCCGCCGCAACCGCCGCCCCAGCCCCUGCUCCUGCCCCCUUCGCGCUCUCCGACACCGGUGCCCUCACCUCCAACGACGACCUCGACAGCAUCAGCGCGCGGGAGGAGGAGGAGGAGGACGAUACCGAGGAGGAGGAGGAGGAGGCAGACGAGGACGAGGAGGAGGAGGAAGAGGAAGAGGAGGAGGACAAUGACUCCAUGCGGACCUUCACCGCCGCUCGCCUCGAGAACGCCAGUGCCGCCGGCGGAUCCGGCAACCCCAGGAGCACCAAGCCCCCUAAAACCGAGAACCUGACCACCAAGGUCGAACCAUCGGGGGUUGGGCUGUCGGCGCUGGGCAGCAAGGAUGACCGUGGGAACGCUGGCCCGCCGGCCCAGCAGAACCCCUCAUCCAAUGUGAACUUGAUGCCUGGGAUCGUGGUCAAGGAGGAGACCGUGAAGAGUAUUUUCACUGAGAACAUACAGACUAGCGGGGCUUACAUUGCCAGAGAGGAAGGGCUGAAAAGAGAGGAAGAUGCUGGAAGGCUCAAAUUUUUGUGCUAUGCAAAUGACGGAGUUGAUGAACAUAUGAUUUGGUUGAUUGGAUUGAAGAAUAUAUUUGCCAGACAACUUCCUAAUAUGCCCAAGGAGUAUAUUGUUCGUCUUGUUAUGGAUAGAAGCCACAAGUCAAUGAUGGUUAUCCGACAUAAUCAGGUAGUUGGUGGAAUAACAUAUCGCCCCUAUAUCAGCCAAAGAUUUGGGGAAAUUGCUUUCUGUGCAAUCACAGCAGAUGAGCAAGUCAAGGGCUAUGGCACAAGACUUAUGAAUCACUUAAAACAGCAUGCUCGUGAUGUUGAUGGGCUAGCUUAUUUUCUAACUUAUGCUGAUAAUAAUGCUGUUGGCUAUUUUGUUAAGCAGGGCUUCACAAAGGAGAUCACUUUGGAGAAAGAAAGAUGGCAAGGAUAUAUCAAGGACUAUGAUGGAGGUAUUCUUAUGGAGUGCAAAAUAGACCCGAAGCUUCCAUACAUUGAUCUGGCUACAAUGAUUCGGCGACAACGACAGGCAAUAGAUGAGAAAAUAAGAGAACUUUCAAAUUGUCACAUUGUUUAUCAAGGAAUCGACUUCCAAAAGAAAGAAGCUGGCAUUCCAAGAAAACCAAUUAAAGUGGAAGACAUUCCUGGUCUGAAGGAUGCCGGUUGGACACCAGAUCAAUGGGGCCACUCAAAAUUUAAGACAACAAAUGCUACAGAGCGCCAGCAGCUUAAUAACUUCAUGCGUAACCUUUUAAAGCUCAUGUUUGAACAUCCUGAUGCUUGGCCAUUCAAGGAACCAGUAGAUGCACGUGAGGUUCCUGAUUAUUAUGAUAUCAUAAAAGAUCCUAUGGAUCUAAGGACCAUGUCUAAGAGAUUAGAGUCAGAACAGUACUACGUCACUUUCGAGAUGUUUGUGGCCGAUGUGAAAAGAAUGUGCGCAAAUGCACGCACCUACAACUCCCCCGAGACAAUAUAUUAUAAGUGCGCAAAUAGGCUCGAGAACUUCUUCACAAGCAAGGCGCAGGCUUACCUUCUGCAAAUUUCAAACAAGAGCUCGUAACAGCGUGCACCACAACUGUGGCUGAUCCAAUUGCUGAUGUAGGAGCGCUACUGUCUGUACAAAUCAUGAAAAGAGUUAGAGAGUAGUCAGAGAAUUGGUAGAAGAGAGGUGGGAGAAUGGACUUGAAAUCCAAAGCAUUCUGAAAGCUUUACUGUAUGACUAAUUGAAAUGUAAAUAAUCCGACUAGGUUUCCUAAACCACUCAUCUCUACUUUGUCAUGGGAUUUAUCUGCUCCACCAAAUCCCCUGUAGCAAACUUUUGAAGCUUGAGAGUGUCGUUAUACACGGAUCUUAUCAUUGGUCGUAGUUGUACUCAGGUAACUUGAGUGUCAUAUUUUGUAAUUUAUAACUGUUCUGAUACAGUUAAUUUUUUAUCAUCUUGAAGGAAAUCAUUGCAAGCUAUCA